CUGGCGACCACAACUCCCGACCUUCUUUCUCUUCUGCUUCCUGUCUCCCCCCUGCAAAACCCAUUUCAUAACAACCGUCACUGAAGAAGUCUAGUUUUCGCUUUCUCGCAUCCUCAUUGAGAGGUGGCCAGCCAGACAUUGGAUCUCACUUCGCCCUUUCACGAAAGUGUUACCCAGCAAAACAUCCUCUCCUCUCGUGAGCUGCCCAUUUCAUGUGGAUUGUCUUGAGCAUAGCUCUUGCUUCAGUUCACUUCCACUCCUUUUUAUUUCUACCCUCGUUUUAUCCUUCGUCAGCCUGAAGGAAUAACACCAUUCUGCGACUGCACUUUUUACCCUUGCCUAUUCCACUCGGGCUUGACAGAAUCAUCGGUGUACGAUAUGGUAGAAACAGCGGCGGAGCGCCUGAACAGGCUGCAAAUGGAAGAUUUAGGCACGGCCCGCAGAGAAUACAUCUCAACAGUCGACAGAACGAGACUAAGGAACACACGGGUUGAAGUCAUUGAGGCUACCAGAAAAUCAAAUCUUCCCGGAUCAACCGAGCAGCGUAUUGCCGGAGCGAAUAAGUCUCGACUUGAAGGCUGGGCCAACGUGUACAAGGAAAUAGGCGACACCGGAGAGCUUGAAGGUCUCGAUCCCCUCUUAAACGGCCAAAGUCACCGUUUGCAACUCAACGACACGAUACGACAGAUGAAAGAGUCAAGUCAUGUCCCUUCCGGCAGACAGUUCGAUGGCUUUGCGAAGACUUCACAAAGGAUACCAUCCCUUCAAGGUCCUACGACCAGGUCGACGUCGGCAGCUUUCCGUGGGCCAGGGCCACGACCCUUUGAGCCAAAGCAGCUUGCUGCCAGGCCCGCUUCAAGGACACCACAGCCUGGACCAGGGCGUCCCCAAUCGCGCAUUUCACUUGACCCGGCACUUGACCUUAAUAAUGGAAUCUCGAAAAAGACGUUCAAGAAGCAGAAUUCGGCUGGAAGAUCCACCAGCAGUGCGCCAAAUAUUCCACCCCUCAAAACAAGGCGGCCUAUCUUUAAUGGCCCACGGGCUAUUAGCUCUCCCGAGGAUUUUAUGGCAGCAGCCCGCAGCAAUGCCGCAGCAAAGGAAGCAGCAAACAGACAGCCGGCAAAUUCGAAAUCACCUUCUCAAGUUCAAUCGGCAUCCAGUGCUGUAAAGCCACUUCCUAACAGCCCAUUUCCAGUUCGGAAGAUCGAGUCUGAGGAUAAUGGUCACUCCACGUUGACUAACAAACACAUGCCUACUGAUCCUGAUGCUAAUCUUGGUUCAGAAAGCUCUAAUCCCCGCGAACAGAAAGCAUCUGGAGAUAAUGGCUCUUCCACGUUGGCGAAGCAACCGAAACCUACCCAACCUGCUAUUAGUUCUCGCUCGCCGAGUUCUGACACUCCCAGGGAAGACUCAGCAGAAACUUCUGUUGACCAAGCUAGCCAAGUGAAGGACGAGCCUCAUUCCAAGGAGCCUGCUGUAGCCGAUCAGAAAGUGAUUCCAGUCACAUCCGUCCAGGAAAGCGCUGAGUUACUACUUGAUUUGAGUUGUGCCACGCCCGGCGAGCUCGGAUUGGAGCCCGGAAUGAGCCCAGCCCUGGUAGAACUGCAAGGCUUGGAGUUUACACAAUUCACAGAACCACCAGAGACCCCUAUUUCAGGCCUACCAAGUGUUAACAGAAGACUUGACUUUGGAAGCACCGAAGCUGAAUCAACUGCGGCGGAAAUUGAUGAAGCACCUUCUAGUCCCAUAGACGAGGAGCUUGCUGCAGAAUAUCGGCGUGAGAUUGAUAUAAUCUGCAAUCUUCUGGAACAAACAACCUUGACAGAUACCUUUUGCUCCAAAUUAACGGAAUGCAAAGAGGAGCUCGAGCUUAGGCUACGACUGCGGCGCGCUCCCAAGAGCGACGUGGAACAUAACGAGCAACUUUCAACUUCCAAAGCUCCUGUGUCUGAAAAUCCUGAGAUCUCCGCCUCUGCUACCUCUGAGAACGUAGCGAGAGCCAGCGGUGAAUCGUCGAGCCCUUCAACUGACACACCUCGUUCUCAAUCUCGUUUGAAUGCUACGGCCCCUCAAUUCACGCCGCAAUCAUUCACGCAGUACCGCUCCAUAUCGAAUGCUACUUCCACCGACUCAGCGGGGAGUUUCCAGCCCACCCCAAGCAAAUCCUCCCGUCAACCGCAGCCAGAGGGCGCUUGGAGUGAAACCAGUGAAACCCAGGUCAGCCAAUUGGCAAUCGACCGGGAUUCGUCACAACCUCGUCCCGAAUCUGCCCCGACUGAUUCUACGGUUAUUGUUUCUAGAGUGUCUGAUUCCAGUCUGUCCACUCACAUUUUUGGGGACCACCUCCUGCCCGGCGGCAGGACCAGGAAGCCAAUAGAAAUCAAGAGAGCAGAAGAAGCCAAGCAAACGGAGGAAAGCCAUAUCAUUGGGGACCACUUGCUUCCAGGGCGGCGCGCAACACAACCAUCGACCACAAAGCCAGGUACUCACACAGUGGCUUGCUCGGUCCUAGCUCACGCAGCCGCUCCAAAACCAGGCCACAUAAGCUUCUCCCUACCUCCACCGCAACCCAAACCCGCUAUCCAGAAAAUCGCUGUACCCGCGAAGUCUCCAAACGGCUCUACAUUGGCACCUAACGCACCUGCGUUCAAACCAUCUACUCUUUGCCUCAGGCCCAGCAACAGAGCAGCCACCACUGGCCCAACUACUGACAUCCUCAAGCCUGCGCCGGCAAUACUGGAGUCAAUUCACGCCCCGAAGCCCCAGCCACAGGCAACUUUGGUUUCAGCAGCGCCGAAGAAUCUCUCAAAUGGACACGGGCUUCAGGGUUCAAGAUAUGCUGACGCAAAGUGGCUCUAAAGAUCUUCCAUCUUGUUUCCAUGGUUCCCUUGCUUACCCGAGUGCGUCCCAGAGGAGAGAUCUAGGCUGAGGGAAAAACCACGGCGGUGUGGAACUUUUCCUUUUGUUAGCAGUGUAUUUGUGUCUCAAUUCUCUCUUCUAUGAUCUUUCCUGUUUUCCUUCGUCUUUUCUGCCCCGGUUUAGGGUUCUGCAUGUCAUAGCGGCCAAAUAGUGCAUAUGGCAUACGAACUAAUGGACAUACGUCUUGCGCGACUUUCAUGCCUUUUACCACACAGCGAAUAGGACUGGAUUGUUUAAUAUUCUACUGGCUCUGAAUUUAGGGCUUAAGAACGAAGACAGGCAAUGUGUGAAAACAGAUCAAUAAAGGGCAACUUUCGAAGUUACAAACCAGGUAAAUGCAGUCCAAUGCAUUGCAUCUAACCACAAAAGCAACAUGCAGACGAGGUGGUUCAAGCUUCGUUCCUAGUUCAACCUGAACGCCGAGUCGCCCCGGUAACUCCAGACUAUAAAGACCAGAUACGCAUCUGCAAGCACAGAAAGAGAGGUAAGAAUUGAUGUCUAGAUUUCGAGAUCUUUAAAGAAGGGUAUAAGUUGCGGUUGAAGGGCGACCUCAGCGCUGUUGCGGUGGGUGUGGGUGGGUUUGUUGUUGAUGCUGUUGUUGAUGGGAAGUCUGGUCAAGCCUCGCUCGCUUUGGGUCAUUAACAGCGCCUAUUGGAGCAGGCCCGCUGCCACCAGGCAUAGGUGCAUUCGUCACGUCGUUUAGAGGAGGCCGUUUCCCGUUCGCAUUUGGCGGUCCCAGCUCAGGCCGGUUCGCCGCCAGGUUGUUUGGCGCAGCCUUAGGGUCGAGAUUUGGUCGCGUAAGCGGACGAUAGGAUGAUGUUGUUGGCCCUCUGUUCAUAGGACUGCCAACUCCGCUACCACCUGGAGCACCAAUCUUUCUAUGCAUGUCCGUGGAGGGAUUGAUAAAAUCGCGCGGUUGGUUUGCGGCUGGGGAUGCACCAACUAGCAUUGGCUUUGAGAUCGGGACACUCUUGGUGUGGUCGACGCCUGCUGUUUUACGAAUUGAUGGGCUUUCUGCAUGGGGAUCGAAGGCCGGAGCAGAGGUGGCGGCACUGUGAGGGUUGUCUCGUAGCAUGUCGACUCCGCGGGCCGAGAAGAAUCCUACAACAGGAGGUCGUUGACUGUCAACCCCUGGUGUGCCUGGAGCGGCCGUGCCUUGCGCUUGGGCGGGUUGAGCGUUAGCGCCAAACUCUUGUUUUAUUGGAACCUGAGCCACCGGGCCCAAUGCUGUACUGUCAUAGCUGGUCCGUUGUUGCCCGGGAGGAAUUUGCAUGUUCUGAAAUUGUCUGGGUGCGUCCUGAGGUGGAACAGACCGCCGUUGAUUUGCGUACUGAUCUUGCACCGCCGGUGGGUACGGUUGGCGGUGGGUAGUCUGAUUAGGGAUCAGUCUAGCACCUUGGAUUUGGUUCAUCGGCCUCUCUGGCUUUGACGGUGUAACGACACUGGGGUUAGUCCGUGUUGGCGCGCCGGAAGCGUAGCUCGCCGGCCUCGGUGGAACACUGGCUCUGGAGGCUGGUGCUGGCGGUUGAUACAUCCUUUGGGGGUCUGUGUCUACCACAAUCUCAUCCGGAUUACCGCCGUCGCCAACGUUGAAAUCGGUUUCAUCAAACACAU